AUGGUAGGGUGGAAAGAUGAAGGAAAGCAAGCUGGGUUCUUAUGGGAUUGCUUUUGCAGGAGGAAGGUUGUUCAGGAGAUGAACAAUGAUGAAGAGAUUGAUAGCCCGAGUUGGGGUGCGUCAUUUAUCAUGCAAACAACUGAAGAUGUAGCUCGAGCUGUAGCAGCUGCAGCAGCUGCUGUUCGUUCACCACGACCUUCUGUGGUGUACUCAUCUAAAGACGAAAGUGGCAGCCAGCUUCAUAAACUUCAGCACCACGUGUCGAGGCUAUUGAAGGGCCUAUCAGGUCCUUCUGAAAUAAAAAGCAGUUCUUACAACCCAGAAAUACUUACUAGUCAAAAACGUCAGUGGGCAAACUUCCAACUACAGCUACUGGAUCACAGAGUAUGGAAGGAGCCAUCAAAACUGUUCGAGAGCAUGGUGGUUGUGGGACUUCCUCCUACUUCUGAUGUUCAAUCCCUUCAAAAUCUGUACUUUGCCCGAAAGUUUGAAGGUCCAGGAAGAUUUCGAAAUGCACUCGGAGGUCAGCAUCAGUCUCGUAUAGAACCUAAUCUUGAACCACAGGUUUUGUUUGUGUAUCCUCCGGAAAAACAGCUACCUCUUAAAUAUAAGGAUCUACUUUCUUUCUGCUUUCCUGCAGGAGUAGAGGUGAAUGCUGUUGAGAAAACUCCAUCCAUGAGUGAGUUGAACGAGAUACUCCUUGGGCAGGAGCAUCUCAAACAGAGUGAUCUGUCCUUUGUCUUCCGACUGCAGGUAGCUGAUGCUUCAACUCUUUAUGGGUGCUGUGUUUUGGUUGAAGAAAUGAUACAAAAGCCAUCAGGAUUGAUUUCCGCCGUUUCAGAUGGGUUACCAUUGUACUCAGGUCUAAAUCGUUACACUUUAACCACACGCCGGUGUUAUUGCAUUCUUUCCAGGCUUCCUUUCUUUGAGCUUCAUUUUGGCGUGUUGAAUAGCAUCUUUAUGGAAGAGAGGUUAGAACGAUUAACGAAGCAGGUUAGUAGCUUGAAUUUUGAGACUCCAUUGAGCGAUGAUGUGUUCGAAACAGUUGAUGAAGAAGCUGGUGGUUCUCCUCUGGUGGAUGGAGCAAACAGCCCGGAAAAUGGGACAGCUGAAGCUUCUAAAUCAAGCACAAGUGGAUCUAUCUCGGGGGUGACGGAUUAUGUAUCUCAGGAUCAUCAAAAUAUUAACCAAGACAGCUGCUCAAAGAAUGAGUUUGGAAACAGUGUUACCCCACCUGAUCCUGAAGUUAAGAAACUAGUUUCUUCGGAAGAUCUUGUAAUUAACUAUUCUGUUAAUGAAAAUGCUACCAAGAAUCAGUCAUUAGAUAGGCGUUCACGAAGUGCUGCGUUACCACCUUUUUCACGGUAUCAGCAAUGUGAGAGCUCUGAGUCCUCUUCAAGUUAUCAAGGCUCUUCAAGUGAAGAUAGGCACUUCCAAAGUGAUCUUGAUAGUGCAGAAACAGAAGAGGCUUCGUCAUCUGGUCGACAUAACCUGAGUGAGCAAAAGGAUAUCCUUGAGUGGGCCAAGGCAAACAACAAGGGAUCCUUGCAAAUAAUUUGUGAAUAUUACCAAUUGUCUUGUCCUUCGCGCGGUUCAACAAUCAAGUUUCACCCUCUGGACCACCUGCAUCCUCUGCAAUAUCGUAGACCUGAUGAAACAGUUUUAGACAUUGGUGGUUCGAGUAUUGAUUUGAGAUCUUGUAAUACAAGUUGGGAAUUCGUGGAGGCUCACAGUGAACUCAUGGUGGAGGAAGAGGCGGCUGCUUUGUCAGUAUGGGCUAUUGCCUGCCUGUGUGGUUCUCUACGAUUGGAACAUGUACUGACAUUGUUUGCAGGGGCCCUACUGGAGAAACAGAUUUUGAUUGUUUGUUCGAAUUUGGGUGUUUUGUCUGCUAUUGUUCUGUCAGUUAUCCCCUUGAUCCGGCCUUAUCAUUGGCAGAGCUUAUUGAUGCCUGUUCUGCCGAAUGACAUGUUGGACUUUUUGGAUGCACCUGUCCCUUACAUAGUAGGUGUAAGAAACAAGACAACCGAAGUGCAGGCAAAGUUAACAAACGUCAUUGUAGUGGAUGCAAAUAGGAACCAGGUGAAAUCACCAACAAUACCUCAGCUGCCUCAACAUAAAGAACUGUAUUCAUGUCUUAGCCCUUACCAUGCAAAGCUGGUGGGAGAAAGUUAUUUGGGCAAGAAAAGGCCAGUUUAUGAUUGUACUGACGUGCAGGUUGAAGCUGCUAAAGGGUUCCUGGGUGUACUACGGUCUUACUUGGAUUCUCUGUGUUCCAACCUUCGUUCUCACACAAUUACUAAUGUUCAAUCGAACGACGACAAGGUGUCAUUGCUGCUUAAAGAGAGUUUCAUAGAGUCGUUCCCCAGUCGGGACCGUCCUUUCAUGAAGCUUUUUGUGGACACGCAGCUCUUCUCUGUACAUACGGAUUUUGUACUCUCUUUCUUCCAGAAGGAAUAG